ACGUGUAUCUCCACACAGUAAGACCGCAGGCUGAAUCAGAGAAAGAAGAAUUAUCUGUAUUAUCCCUGCCACUAAGAUGCUGACCGUGUCUCUACUCGUUUGUGCCAUGAUGGCUCUGGCUACAGCUGAGGGUGAGAAUCAUUCUGAUUUUUGUUCUACAAGUAACGCUCCCAACGAUGCAGGAGUCCCUUCUUGUCCUCCUUCUUGGAGUCAGAACAAUGGUCGCUGUUUCCUCUACGUUCCUAGAGAACUGGAUUGGGCUGAUGCUGAGAAAAACUGCCAGUCCUUAAAAGGAAACCUUGCAUCGGUGCACAGUGUCGAGGAGUAUCAGUUCAUUCAGAGGAUGAUCACAGAACAUACUCAGGCUAAUCCAUUAGCCUGGAUUGGAGGCUCUGACUCCCAGAAGAACAAUGUUUGGUUCUGGAGUGACGGCAGACCUUUCUCCUUUACAUUCUGGUGUGCGGGGGAACCCAACAAUCAACGUGGCAACCAGGGAUGUAUCCAAAUGAAUCAAGGAGGUAAAAUACAACAAUUGACUUACCAGGAGGUCUGUAUGGAGUUAAAUGACAAAAGUCAUAAAUAACAAUGUUAGAGUUAA